AUGAGUGGUGUUGCCCAAUUUGAAGGGAUUGCGUUGGCGGCCGAGAAGGGGCGGUCGUCCGGCUCGAUUGCCUGGAGCGAAGGCACAACACGAUCCGCGGCCAGCUCAGCUGCCUGGCGCGGCAGCCUCGGCUCGGCGGCCCACGACCUGCCAACGCAGCGGCGCGCUGGCUCGGCGCGACAGCCUUCACAGCUCGCCCGCAGCGACGCGACGGCCCAAGCGUGGCCAUGGCGCGUAGGGCCCACCGCGCCCCAUCCAACAGCGCGCCCUCCCCCUCGACCCACCCUGCGCAACCGCAUCCGCAGCCGCUGCCCCCGCCCUGUACCAUCUCGGACAUUUGGCCCAGCGCGCCCCCAACCCACCUCUCGUGCUGUUUGCCCGGCUGCACAACGUGCACGCGUGGACAAGUUGCCCAGCCCGCAAGGCACUAUUCAUCUUCCCAAAACCACCUCUCUCCUCUGGCUAUGCCCAUGUCGCCUCUCCCUCACCAAAACCGCUCGCCCAGCCGCCCAUGACGCUCCAGAUCAGCACCUUGCUGCUCGCCCUCGUCUUCCUGUAGCUGCUCGUCGUGCCGCCAGAUCGACGUCUGCUCGCUGCUGCCGUGUAGACUAUGAUCCAUUCCGAGCUUCGAGGAAUCGACGAUCAAGCUUCGGCGACCAAGAGAUCAAACUCUUCAAGUUCUACAAGGCUGAAGACCCUGAGCAUAUGUUUGGUGAAGGUUGCCCUUGGUGCAAUCUAUGCUCAGGUAAAGAAGAAGGUGUCGAGGUGGAUCUCCAGGAGUUCCAGGACUUCGACGAGUUCGAGGAUUAGGCUUGCAACCUCCCCCAGUCAGCUGCCUGUGGUGGGUUGUUUACGAUGGCUACGUUUCGAUUCUGUGUACUUUGAUUUAUAUUAUGUAAAUGGCUCUAGUUUGUAAUAUUAUUACUUACUCUUUAUUGUAAUUCGAAGCAUUGUGUUAUGAUGAGUCAUUUAUGUAAUCGUUGUGUACAUGAAUUUCUGAUCAUGGCACGUACAUGGUUCACAUUCGGUUUACCUUCCAAAA